CGAAAAUGAGAGCCAAAACGGUUAGGGCGUAAACGAAGAAACGAAGCCGAAGAAGAGGGCUCUUCUUUCGUGGAGAAGAAUAAUACUAAUCUUAUCCUUAUUCUUAUACCAAGAUGGAUCGGUACCAGAAAGUGGAGAAGCCAAGGGUUGACACACCUAUUGAUGCGAAUGAGAUUCGGAUUACUAGCCAGGGGAGGAUGCGAAGCUAUAUCACCUAUGCUAUGACCUUGCUUCAGGAGAAAGAAUCAGAGGAGAUUGUGUUCAAGGCAAUGGGCAGGGCAAUCAACAAAACAGUGACAAUUGUGGAAUUGAUUAAGAGGAGAAUUGUUGGUCUUCACCAAGUAACAUCUAUUACAUCCACAGAUAUUACUGAUACAUGGGAACCCCUUGAAGAAGGCCUCCUGCCUCUCGAGACCACCAGGCAUGUCUCAAUGAUCACAAUUAUUCUCUCCAAAAAGGAGCUGGAUAAGGAUGCUGUGGGGUACCAACCACCAUUGCCAGCAGACCAGGUGAAAGUGUCAACAGAUUUUGACUAUGAUGGAGAAGGAUCUCCUAGUGGUGGACGAAGAGGCCGUGGUGGUAGAGGAAGGGGAAGGUCCAGAGGCUUUCCAGGAAAUGGAUUUAUGCCGGCUGAGUACGAUGAUGGUGGGUAUGAGCGCAAUCGGAGCUAUGGUAGGGGUAGGGGUCGAGGCAGAGGUCGUAGCUUCCGUGGCCGUGGAAGGGGAGGGUACAAUGGUCCGCAGGAUGCCCAGCAAGAUGGUGGCUUUUACAAUCAAGAAGCCCCCAUGCAGGGACGAGGCCGUGGCCGUGGAAGGGGAACUCGCGGUAGGGGACGUGGAUUCAGAUCUAAUGGGCCGAUCCAAGGCGGUGGUGCUUAAAUGGUCGAACUUGAAGAAUACAGAGAUUAUGUGCUACGAGUGCCUGCUCCAUGUUCUAUGUUUUUCAUUCCUUAGUUACUCCGUGUUAACAGUAGGUUAUCUAUCUGUAAUCAGAGUAGACUAAUUAUAGAUUUCAUGACCGCCCGUAUGUGGUGAGUUUUUUUUCUUUGUUUUCUUGAUAUCUUCUAUCUUCGUUCUGCUUGAUUAGGUGGUUGGUCAAGUGUAAUUUCGUUAGUGAGCAGCACAUUCUUUGAUUUGUCUUUGUUUGUUGACAUGUUCAGUGUUGAUCUUGUUCGUAAAUUUUCCUUGUUUUUAGGUGGCA